AUGUCGUCGUCGAGCACCGCCGCCGCCGCCGGAAAGAAGGAUCCGGUGAAGAAUGUGGAGAAGAAGGAGGUCGAAGAGGAGGAAUUCGAAGAGUUUCCGGUGCAGGAGUGGCCGGAGCGCGGCGAGGGAGAGGACGAGGAGGUCAACGUGUGGGAGGACAACUGGGACGACGAGACUCACGAGAGCGAGUUCUCCAAGCAGCUCAAGUACGGCCUUUUAGCAAUUUUUCGCUCAAAGUCUUUUUUGUUCCGAAAAUUCGAAUUUUUCAACUCUUUUACCUAACACCGUAAUUUUGUCAAUUUUGCAGGGAGGAACUCGCCAAGUCUGGCCACCAAAUCGCCUAA